AGUUUGGUGGCCACAGAAAAAAGAGAGAGACAGAACUUUGUAGAGCGAAAUCCUAGCUCCGAGCGAGAAGAAAAAGGGAUUUAGUUUCGUAUCUUCUUAGGGGUUUGCACCACUCGAUCAUGGAUUAUUCGGAUGAUGAUGGCAUGCUUGAUAAUGAAUCAGGUGAAGAUAAUUUAUACAGUGACAACAUGGCCGACAGUGAUUCUGGAUUAUUAGCCGAGGAAGAAAAUGACAAGGAUUCCACAUCUCAGCUAGGUUACGUAGUUCUCAAGGAAGAAGACAUUCAUGAGCAUCAAAGGACCCAUAUCGAACAAGUUUCUACGCUUCUCUCUAUAAACCAAGUCGAAGCGAUCGCUCUGCUUCUUCACUAUCAGUGGAGUGUUAGUAAAGUUGAAGAUGAAUGGUUCACGGAUGAAGACAAGGUCCGCAAAAGCGUCGGUUUAUUGAAGGAGCCUGUUGUUGUUGCUUUUGAUCUAAACGACAAAGUGAAUAUUGAAUGUGGGAUUUGCUUUGAUUUGUAUCUUCAGAAGGAAAUCGCAACGGUUUCUUGUGGUCAUCCUUAUUGCAAGACUUGCUGGACCGGUUACAUCACUUCGAAAAUCAACGAUGGUCCUGGAUGCUUAACGGUUCAAUGUCCUGAGCCUUCUUGUUCUGCUGUGGUUGGUCAAGAUAUGAUCAAUAGUCUUAUAACGAAGGAAGAAGAUAAGGAAAAGUUCUACCGGUACUUUCUUAGGUCUUAUGUAGAAUCGAGCCGUAAAAAGGUCAAAUGGUGCCCUUCACCGGGAUGCGAAUACGCUGUAGAUUUUGGAGGUGAAAGUGAAAACUAUGAUGUCUCUUGUUUGUGUUCCUAUGACUUUUGCUGGAACUGUUGUGAAGAAGCUCACCGCCCCGUGGAUUGCGGUACGGUGGCGAAGUGGAUAUUCAAGAACAAUGAUGAAUCCGAGAACACGACUUGGAUACUUGCCAAUACAAAGCCUUGUCCUAACUGCAAACGUCAGAUCGAGAAGAACCAGGGAUGCAACCAUAUGAGCUGCUCUAUUUGCAAACAUCAAUUUUGUUGGGCUUGUCUUGGUCCAUGGAAUAAUCACACGUAUUGCCACAACUUUAAGGGUGAUAGUGAGAGUGAAGUUAAGCGAAAAAGGGCGAAAAAGGCAAUCGAUAGAUACAUGCAUUAUUACGAAAGAUGGGUAAGCAAUCAAUCUUCGAGGGUAAUGGCUAUGGCAGAUUUGAAGAAAUUACAAUCGGUGCAGCUUAAAAACAUGAAUGCCAAAUAUGACAUACCGGAAACUCAGCUCCAGUUCACCUUAGAGGCAUGGCUUCAGAUCAUCGAAUGCAGAAGGGUCUUGAAAUGGACAUAUGCAUAUGGAUACUACCUUCCUGAGCAGGAGAGUACCAAGAAACGAUUUUUCGAGUAUUUACAAGGAGAAGCUGAAGUUGGUCUGGAGAGGCUACAUGAUUGUGCAGAGUUGGAGUUUAAACAGCUCGUCAAGGAAACUGAAGAUUUCUCUAAAAAUUUCGAAAAUUUCAGGUGGAAGUUAAUUCGUUUGACUAAAGUAACCAAAACCUAUUUCGAAAAUCUUGUGAAAGCUUUGGCGAAUGGUCUUGCUGAUGUGGAAGACAAUGACACCAAAUCAGCAAAAGGGUCUAAAAGACAAAAGUUGGUAUAAAAUGGUAUGAAGAAGAUCCAAGUAGCUGAGAUCUCUUGGUUUCAAGUACUAUCUGUGCUUUAUGUUUUUUUUAAUGGCAAGGAUUUAGAAUCUGUGACUUUUUAAACCUUAUUUCCUAAUAAUUAUUUAGCAUAAUGGAAUUUG